CGGGUUGCAUACUGAAAAUGGCGGAGACCGUACGCUCACUAUUCGACUAUCGAGAGCCACCGACACUGGACAGCGACGGAGAGGGCAGCAAGCCGCCACCGCCUCGGGGACGCGGCUGUGGGAGAAAAAGGAAAGGGACGCCGGUGAAGGUCUGUGACAGAGUCUUUGCCACCGAGGAUGAGGAGGAGAGUAUGUCAGAGAACAGCUACGGCCCAGGUGAAGGGCAAGGUCAGGAUGGGGCAGGAAUUAAACACAGAAUACCUGCUUCGGAUGGUCCAUACUAUAUCACAGAGUCUGCUCAGUUUUGCGUGAGUGAGGGUGGUGAGGAGGGGGGCAGUACAGGGAGAGGGACAGUUCUCUAUCCCCCACCCCCAAACUGUCGCAUCAGAGAGGUCCACUGUGGUAACCAAGUGCGGCUGGUCGUCAUAGCGAUCCGUGACAUCACAAAGGGAGAGGAGAUCACUGUGGACUACAGUCUGACUGACUGGGGCGAAAACGCCAUGGGUCUCCAUGGCACUGCUCCAACCACUGGGUUUGAGUGCAGCUCAGACCAUGAGAAUAAUAUCAAAAAGGAGGAAGAGUCUGCUCCAGUCCCCCUCUCUUUGGCUGUGUCAGACUAUCUCACUCCAUCCUGGUCCCUGUCUCCCUCCUCUUCCCCGCUCUCUCACUCCGAGGCUAGUGACUCCGAUCGAGAUUCAGACGAGGGGACGGGAGAGCCGCGCGGGCGGAGCCAACGCUGCCGCAAGAAACGCAAAGCCCCAUCCUCUCCCGGCUCUGUUUCUCCUGCCGCUGUCACCAUCAAAAAGAAACCUCCGCGCCCUCGGACCCCCAGCCGACCCCCCUCCCUUCCACGUCCUCUGACCUCCUCUCCUCCUCAACCCUCCACUCCGUCCAGACCUCUGUUCAAAUCCCCUGCCCUGGCCAGUAACGUUAGCGGCGCCGUUACCAUGGCGGCAGGUCGAGGCAUGUCCGUGCUGACGCAGAAACAGUGCUGCGUCUACUGCGGGCGUCACUUCCGCUCGCUCCCUCGUCACCUGGACAAACACCACGCCCACCAGCCUGACGUACGGGCUGCCAUGGAGCACGCUCACGCCUCCGCGCACACCCCUCACCUCCACGCCUCCCUCCCCUCCUCCUCCGCCUCCUCCAUGAGCCUGCCGUGCCGUCUCCCCAGGGAGGCCCCGACGCAGGUAGUCGUCACCGCCGUGACGCGUUCGCCCUCCGCGUCUUCACCCUCGCCCGCGCGCAGAAGCCCCGCCCUCUCCAGCCCUGCCCGCAAAAGCCCCGCCCCCAUGCCGAUGACCCCGCCCAGGAGGGGAGGUGUCCCCGUGUCUGUGCUGAAGAGGAGCCCACCCACACCUGUGACUCCGCCCAGAAAGGGAGGGCGCACCAAAGUGAAGAAAGAGAGAGAGGAGGAGAUGGAGGAAGAAUACAAAGUUAAAGAGGAGAUACCCAGAGCGGUAUUUGUGGAAGGAGUGAAAGAAGUAGAGAAACCGCCUGUAGAGGAAGAGGAGGAUGAGGACAAUGGAAUGAGAGAAGAAGACAGCGGAGCAGAAGACAAGAAGGACCUGUUAAGUUCCCGGCGUCCCCACAUGCUUCCUCUCCUCUCCUCCCUCUCCUCUCUGGUUCUUUAUCUGCGUCGCCUGCAGCACUCCGCCUUCCUCUCUCUGUCCCGUUCUCCUCAGUCUGCAGAGGCGUGGCGUCUUCUCUGCCACUCCAGCCUGGCGCUCCUCAUCCUCUACAACCGCCGCCGCGAGUGCGAGGUCUCCAAACUCACCAUCUCCGAGUACCAGGCCCGCGUCACUCCUCAGUGCCCCAUACCGGUACCUCCCGGAGCUCCUCCGGCGCUCACCCCGCUGGAGGCCUCCCUCUCCCCCUUCGAGCGUCUGGUCCUACCUCACCUGCCCCGCGUGGGCGUCCAGGGCAAACGCGGCCGCGUCCAGCCCCUCAUCCUGCCCCCGCACUCGGAGGCCUGCCUGGAGCUGCUGCUCCAGACGCGGCCCGGCGUGGGGGUGGACCCGCAGAACCCGUACGUCUUCGCCCGGCCGUACCACUCGCCCGCCACCCCACUCAGGGGAACCGACCUCCUGCGCAGCCUGGCGCGUUCCAGCGGAUCCCGCCACCCGAGGGCGCUGACCCAGACCCGGGUACGCCGACAGGUGGCUAUUCUCACCCAGCUGCUGUUGUUAGGCGAGGGGGGAGAGCAAGGGGAAAAGGGGGCGGCCGUCCAGCGACUGGAGAAUUUCCUGCAGAGGGAGUAUCACGUGACGCAGAGCUGCGCUACCAUUGGUCAGGACCCGGGACUAAUGAGUCUGAUUGGCAGGGUGGUUCUGUGCGGGGAGAGAGACGGAGUGCUUUUCCGAGGCAUGAGCCUCCACCACAUCUGCCUGGAACUGGACGUGCUGUCAGGGAACUCCGCAGACUCCAUGUCGGAGGAGUCAGACGUCGAGCAAGGGAAGGAGAAGGGACAACCUGCCGUCCCCACGGCCGCUAUCAUGAUGAAGAAGAGCACGACCAAUGGCAAGUCUCCUCGACCCAAAAAAAUGAACUGCUCCCCCUUUUCUCCUGGACGUAAGAAGGGCUCUGGGCAGCCCAAACCAGGUAAACGGGGCGUUCUGAAACGGCCGUGGUCGGAGGCCGAGCGCGCUGCGGUGGAGUCUCAUCUGACCAGGAACAUCAUGGAGCUGCGCGUUCCCGCCAAGGCCGACUGCGAACGCUGCCUACAGCUCUGCCCCCUACUGGUCACCAACCGCCGCGACUGGAGAGCCAUCAAAUUCUACUGCCACAACCGUAUCCAGCUGCUCAAGAAGACCCAGCAGCGACAGAGCCCGCCCUCUGUCCUCCCUGUCUGUUGAGAGAGCCAAUCAGGAUUUUGUGUGUGUGUGUGUGUUGUAUAUGUGUGUGUGGGCGGGGUUAUGUGUAGAAGUGAGGUGAAUGGGCAGUCAUGCUGUAUGACUGAGGUAGAGAGCU